CUUCUACUUCUAUUUUCGUGUUUAAACAAAUUUCAAACAGCAAUAUCAAAGCACAUUAUAACAGAUAAGCCUGAAUGCAUACAGCCAAUAUAUUUGACAGCCCAAUAAACAUUGUGUAACAUUGAAUUUCGACUCGAAUUUCAGCACUGAGAAGACAAAGACUCGUAGUCCAAAUCCAUGCAGACGACUGGCCUGUCGAUUGCUUCGUUUAUAACUAAAAAAUCAUCCAAGGUAAGUGUCCUCAAUUAUACAGGUGGAAUUGCAAGCGAUAUUGAAGUGUAAAGCGAUUUGUUCUUCGUUAAUCUCUUUGCCUUUGUCCUUUUUUGACUUUGUUAGCUGGGAGUGAAACGUCACCAAUCCCGGCAUACUGACAAAUUUUAUGAAGUGCAAAACUUGCAAACAUGUGGUUUCACAAGUUUAAUAACGUGCAAUACUGAUUUCUUUUUGCCUUAGCAAUUCAAUUCACUUCCGUGUAUGAAAGGCAGCAGGAAUUAUAAUUGUUGCAUAAUUUGUGUAUUCUAUAUUAUCAAAUAUGCUUAAUUGACUUAGCAUUCAGCGUUCUGUACAACAUCAGAUCACCGCCUACAUUGAAAAACAUGUACUAGAGACUAAGGCCUGUUUUAUACGUCGAAUUUUGGUCGCGUCGAAUGCAAUUAAGACAAUAGAUAAUGAAGCUUAAUGAGGUUUAUCAUCUCAUUAUCUAUUGUUUGAAUUGUAUUCGACGCGACCGAAAUUCGACGUAUAAAACAGGCCUGAGUUCUGUACAACAUCACCUGGCAACAAUGCGUACAAUUUAUUUGAUGUUUCUAUCAGGGGCUGAGAGGCGGAUCUAGCCUCAUCUGCAAGGAGGGGUGCAGGUUUUCCAUGGGGUGGUGCAUGAGGGAGCCUUAUUGCCACUCUCCUCUGCAGUCUGCAACGCUACUAUCCCAACCAGGCAAGCUGCUCCAUUUACUGUUCGGAGUACUCCGGAUUUUCGGAACACUAAUGAAUGGAACAGAAGAGAAUUACAUGACUGUUCUGAACUGUUCUGACUACCCCGAUUUUCGAGUAGGGGCAGCCAGAACAGACACGUGACACUGCCUAUUUUCACGUGAUUGGAAAUGGAGGCGACAUAUUUUGUGUAUUUAAUGCACACUGUAUAGAGCGUUAUUUUGAAGGGUUAACCGCUAUAUUUCCACAUAUACUUAUUAUAUGCUAUUUGAACGCCAGGGUAGGGCAAAAUCAACAAGUAAAAACGUUGCAAAAGCAUACGUAGAUGUACAAAUAACAGAGAAUCAUUAUACGCUUUAUUGUGCGAAUGACUAAUUAAUAUAGUAAUGCAUGGUUGCACGAAUAUAUAAUAAACUCAACACUGUUCCAGAACACCAUGUGCACUCCAUUUUAUAUCGUUCCAGAACACCGUGUGCACUCCAUUUUAUAUCGUUCCAGAACAGUGUUCCAAAUGUUCUAGAACAGUAAAUGGAGCAGCCUGAGGGCGCUUAUAUAUACAUAUAUAUAUAAGCGCCCUGAUCCCAACAUUACCAUAAUUUGAGAUGGCCGAAUCUGCAUGCCCGCCGUUCUGUUACGUUUUAAAUUAUCGUUUGUUUGUAAAGUUUAUAUCGGCUUUUUAUCACGUAUAGCAAAUUUGCUUGUUAAAGUACAGUAUAUUUGAAAAUAUGGCUGUAUAACAACCCGCUCGAUAUGGCCUCCAUGAUAUUUAACUAAAGCAUUCUGAGUAUGUUCUCAGUGAACUCACAAAUCAAUUAAAUCGUUUCAAGAAAUCGACACGUGCUAACAGCAGAAGUUCCUCUAAUCGCUAUUCGAAAAGCAGAAAAUGUAUGAUCAAGCAGAUUGGUGCUGGAUUCCUCUACGAUGUGCUAGACACCACUAGGUGGGGGUGCGCACCCCCUGUUUCCCCACCGUAGAUCCGCCCCUGGUUUAUAUGAGAGAUGACCUCGUUUCUACUCGUAAAUCAAGAGUUAGGGGCAUUUACUAUUUUUGUAUUCUAUUGUGUGACCUCAUUCUUUGAAAACCUUAUUUCUAUUGUCAGACGUCGUAUACGAGGUCGGAUAUUUCGAUAGACAAAUUUGGCUAACGUUGUUUACAUCCGGAGGUUUACAUCGUUGCUACCCGACUCACAACUUUAGAUAACUCACAUGCCUAGUUACUAUUGUUUUAGUUUACAGAAGCAUAGAAUAGAACAAAAGUAACUAAGCAUUAGAGUUAUGUUUAAGAGUUGUUCACUCAGGUAGAUAAUUCUAAAGCUUAGUUACCUUUGUUGUAUUCUGUGCUUCUGUAUACUAGAACAAUGAUAAUUAGGCAUGUGAGUUAUCUAGAGUAUUUUUUUUUUAAUUAAUUUUACAAUUGUAACAAUUGAAGGCUCAGACAACAGACUCAAACAAACGGUAGCCAAAUUUUGUCUAUUGAUUCCGUAUCAAUUAUCAAAAUUUCUUCUAAUUCAUCCUAAUAUCAUUCCAGCCGCGAUAUCAAGAUGGUUUCAGGAGAACUCAAACACCGCCAGGAAAACGGAUCCCCUACCCUCCAACCCUCGCCCCCAGAGCCCGCUCUUACCAACCACGUCACACACAACAAGAUCAUAAACCUCUCUGGCCUCCCAUAUAUCCCCAAAAGUAUCGCCUCAACCUUGAUGAUCAUUGGUUCACCUCUCUUUGCGUGGUUCUAUUGGUAUGCUUGCAACCAUCACGGUGGUUCCCUCACUGCGGCUGGUUCUGACGUCGGUACGGCCAUUUCCGAAGAAGGGUUCGGCAACUUUUGGAGGGUCGUAUAUAGCAGGCUACCGUCAGCGACGUUUUAUACUGUGAAAAUAUAUAGUAUAUGGUUCCUUUGGCAAGCCUGUCUAUACGCAUUUUUACCAGGUAUUGUUCCGAUAUAUGCCGAAUUGUGCAAAAGACUCACUAGCCUUCGUCAGUUGGUUAUGUUGGGAAUGGCUUGCGGCUUAAUUGACCAUUUGCGUAAUAGACUAAAUUUUGAUCCAACCAAGUCUAGACAAAAAUUUCAUCACAGCUUGAAAGAGCAUCACAAAAUUAGUAAUAUUCCAAAGUUUCGUUGCGAAAUGUUGUAAAAUGCGGAAAAUAUAGCCUUGCGAAGUUUGCAAUUUUCAGUCAUUUUAGAUUACAAACGGGAAAUUGACAGCCCCAAAGGGUAUCGGGCUGUCAAUUUCCCGUUAGUAAUCUAAAAUGACUGAAAAUUGCAAACUUCGCAAGGCUAUAUUAUCCGCAUUUUACAACAUUUCGCAACGAAACUUUGGAAUAUUACUAAUUUUGUGAUGCUCUUUCAAGCUGUGAUGAAAUUUUUGUUGAGAUCAGAAUUUAGUCUAUUACGCAAAUGGUCAAUUAAGCGAGCGGUCAUUAUUUAUGUCGGGAGAUGGCACCGAAGAGUUGGUUAAACACAAUUUUGAGUAGAAGGUUGGGUAAAUGAAAAACAAAACAACUCAAGGGUUGGGUAAUAAAUAUUUAUUGUCAUUUCCCAAGCAUGACUAACUCGCUCAAAUAUUCAGUGAAGACUAAAAAGCAAUGUCAACAGUCAUAUGUCUAUACAACAUGUCAAUCAUGUUAAUCUGAUUUGUCAGGAGGCAAAUGAUGUCUCCAAAGAAAGUACAUGUGCAGACAACAUGAAACUUUAGACUGCAGAAAAUUGCACAAGCGUUAUGAAAUUCAUGUCGCAGAAUUUGUAAAAGAUUUAAAGACAUGUGUGACAACUGAAUGGUAUCCUUUUGUAAAGUUUUUGACCAGGGGUGGGCGUUUAUUUUUAAUUGAUAUUUAAGGUUCGGUAAAAUUUUUUUGACUUGUAAUGGUUGGAUCAGCGACAUUUUUACCAAGAAUAACAUUUCUCCUCGGUGCCACCACCCAGCAUAAAUAAUGAAUGGGCCCAAAUUAUCCCGCCCGCAAGUCCUCCCCCAAAAAGCCAGCCGCUACGCAGGCUAACGACUGUCGAUUUAAUUUGUUAAAACACACUGAGAAUUUGUGGUGUUAUGCACGGGCAUAAUACGUUGAUAUACGCAGAUUAUGCACAAACUUUACAUUGGUAUGCGCAUUAUGCGCAGGCUAUUAAACUUCUGGUCUCGUCUACAUUUUAUUAUUUUCUAGGUGCCAUUGGUAAAGGCCAGGCAACCCCAGCAGGGCACGAACUACCUUACAACUGCAACGGUUUGAGAGUCUGGAUUCUAAGUCACAUCACCGCAAUCCUGUUAGUCAAAUAUGACAUCAUCCGCGCAACUGUAAUCGCCGACAACUGGGGCGCACUUUUUGUCGUGACAAAUUUAGCAGGAUUUUUGUUCACGAUUCUAGUCUACAUCAAGGCGCAUGUGUGGCCUACGCAUGCUGAAGACCGCUGCUUUAGUGGAUCGAUGCCGUACGAUCUAUUUAUGGGCAUCGAACAUAACCCGCGAAUAGGUGAAAUGUUUGACUUCAAAUUAUUCUUCAAUGGCCGCCCUGGAAUUUGCGGGUGGACUUUGAUCAACUUAUCAUUUGCAGCAAAACAGUAUGAAACGUAUGGUUUUGUAUCGAAUUCGAUGAUCUUGCUCAAUAUCCUCCAUGCUGUUUACGUCCUGGAUUUCUUUUAUAACGAAGACUGGUAUUUGCGUACGAUGGACAUUGCCCAUGACCACUUCGGCUUCUAUCUGGCAUGGGGCGAUCUGGUGUGGCUACCAUUCAUGUACACGAUUCAAUCAUUUUAUCUAUCAGUACACCCAGUUCACCUCCCAUACUGGGCAGUCCUGCUCAUCUCAGCGCUUGGUCUUGGUGGAUACGCCAUAUUCCGUUCCGUCAACCAUCAAAAGAACAUCUUCAGAAUGGCUUUAAAAGAGCAACGGCCUUUGAAAAUCUGGGGCCGGCCGGUCGAGUACAUCGCUGCAAGAUUCACAACAACUUUUGGUAUAGAAAAGGAAUCGCCGUUACUCUGUUCAGGCUGGUGGGGAGUGUCUCGUCAUUUUAAUUACGUUGGCGACUUAAUGGGCUCGUUAGCUUAUUGUUUAACAUGCGGAUCUACUCACUUUUUGCCAUAUUUUUACAUAUGGUAUAUGGCAAUUUUGCUUGUGCAUCGCACGUAUCGCGAUGAUAUUCGGUGUCGGCAGAAGUACGGGAAAUAUUGGGAAGAAUAUUGUCGUCGUGUCCCAUAUAAGAUUUUGCCGUAUGUGUUUUAAGAACAAGUGUUGGCGAGACAGUGAGCUCCAUAUAUAUUAUUGGAGCGAUAAGGAACCGGACAUGAUUUAUGGGGGCACCGAAGAGAGAAGGGUUAGGUAAACAAAAUUUUGAGGGUAAAUGAAAAACAAAACUGCAGGGUUGGAUAAUGAAAAUUUACUGUCAUUUCUCAAAUAUUGAAGACUAAAGAGUCAUACAGUAUGUCGAUACAAUAUGUAAAUCAGAGCCACUAUGAUCUUGAUCAUUUUCCGAUUUGUCAGGAGACAAAUGGUGUCUCCAAAGAAAGUACAUGUGCAGACAACGUGAACUUUAAACUGCAGAAAAUUGCACAGAAGUGGUGAAGGACAUGUGUUAUCCUUUUGUAAAGUUUUUGGCCAGGGAUGGGUAUUUAUUUUUUAGUUGAUAUUUAACGUUCGGGGUAAAUUUUGUUGACUUUUUAAUAGUUGAAUCAGCAAAAUUUUUACCAAGAAAAAGUUUCUCUUCGGUGUCCCCCCCCCCAUAAAUAAUGACCGGUCCCUGACCCGAGUCCAAAAAGUGAAGCCAAAGAUGGAGUUAUUGGAUGCAUUGAUUGGACGUUAGUUUUAGUCCUUUUCUGUUUUUAUCUACGCGUUCGGCAUGUAGUAUCAGCUGAAAUUGCGUAUUUUGACUUCGAUUUAAAGAAUAAUACCGACUAUGAUUCUAUAUUAAACUGAUAAUGAAAUUAGUUACGAAAAAGGUAUUAAAACUGUUUACUAUACCGU